UCCGUGUUGUGGUUUGGUCAAUAUUUUAAACGUCAGUCAUUGUUCUGGGUUUUCGAGUAAAAGAAAAUUUGUUUCGCCUGGAAAAACAGUAAAUUUCUGGAAAUUCUAAACAGAAACAAUGGCAAAGGCUGUACAAACGCAACUGGAGUUGAAAACCAAGUGCGAACAGGUGCAGCAAUCGAUCAAGGGCCUUUACGACUGGGAGCAGGAGAUCAAGCAGAAAGAGGCUCAAACUCGCCAGCAGCAACAGCAGGAAGUUGAGGGAAAUCUUGCGGCGCCGGUUCGAAGUUGCGUCGAUGAAAUGCUCAAAUUUGUGGCCGAUCAGAAUGCAAAGGAGAAAACAGAGAUGACCAGCAGCAAUCCUCCGCCCGCGUCGUCCAUCACCGAGCUCAAGGAAGCGGAGAAGUUCAACGCUAUCGGUAAUACGUUCCACAAGCGGGCUAAGGAUGCGGCCGUGGAGUUUAGCUUUCACAAGGAAAACAACGACCAAAAUGCCAUCGAAAUGUACUCGAAGGCUAUCGAGAUCAACGAUCGGGAUCCGACGUAUUUUGUGAACCGUGCGAACAGCUUGUUCACUUUGGAGCGAUACGAGGAGUGCAUUACGGACUGUGAUUCGGCCAUUGCGUUAGAUGCCGAGUGCGCGAAUGCUUACUACCGGCGAAUGCAAGCCUACGAGUACUUGGGCAACAACGAGCAGGCUUAUUCGGAUUGCGCCAAGAUACUGAAGGUUUCGAUGGAUCGUAAUCAGAUUGCCAGAACCAAACAGGACAUGGAAAGGAUUGAAAAGCGACUAAAAAGAAGCCGACAUCAUCAAAGAGCAGGAAACAAACAUUGGACCAGCAAGGAGUUUGAAAAGGGUCGCCAGUGCUUUUCGAAGGCGAUUUCGCUUUACGGAAAUGAUCCGAUUUACUUCUACAAUCGAAGCUUGUGCAACUUUCACUUGAAAGAUUACGAAGCCGUCGCGAAGGAUUGCGAUCGGGCGAUUGAGUUGGAUAAAGACUACUUCCGUCCGUACUACCAGCGCAUGCGAGUUCGGGAACUGCGCGCGGAUUACCUCGGAGCGAUCAACGAUUGCCAAACAUAUCUCAAGCUGGUGAAACGAAAACAGCGCCUCACUGCCGAAAAGGAUCUGGAACGGCUUCAGCUUACGCUCAAGAAAGAACAGCAGCCCAAAGCAUACAAUUGGAACGAGCUCAGGAAGAACGCUUCUCUGGUCAGUUUUGUCAAUAAAGCUCCUCAUCUUCGCUCAAAGAAACCGCUCAAAAGAAUAACGAUCUCAGAAGCGUCUUCGACGGCCGAUUCCAAGCAAAAUGCUUCCAACUACGUGAUUGCCUCCAACUACGAGGCCAUUCCGGACGCCGUUAUCGAUAAGAUCUUCAACAACAACACCGGCGAGCGGCUGGUCGAACCCAAACCGGAACCCUCGAAUCUCGAAAGUCUCUUCCCGUCGUCCUCGAACAAGCUCAAGCAGUACUUUUCGCCUCCGGUGACGCCGUCAAGCCCACCCAAAGAGAUGUUCCGGAAGGCCGAUAACAAAAGCCAAGAAGCGGCGAAUGUCACGAGCGACAGGAAGGAGGACGGCAAGACUGACGACGUUGUGUCUCACGCUAAGAAGGGCAAGGACUUGAUUAACAAAGGAACUUGCAAGAUGGAUGCUGAAUCCUCGGCGACAGCAGUCCAGCAGCCAAGAACCUCGGGCACCGAGAACAGCUUUCCUCCGAUUCCGUCAAACUCGGUCAAGUUUUACCACACCUGGAUCAACCUGAAAACUGUCGAAGACAAAUAUCAGUACCUUCAGACCACUUUGAAAGCACCAUUGCACAAGCUGCUCGGAGAGAGCAUGUCUUCCGAUUUUCUGGGCGACGUUUUCCACAUUCUGCUUCACUUUUGCGAGCACCAGAAGGCUUCCCCGCUUGCCGUGCUGCGAGAGGUCACCCAAGUGUCCAACGUGGGCCUGCUGGUUUUGAUGCUCAGCGAGAAGGAGAAAUACGACAUGCUCCAAUUGUUUGACUUUAUGGAUGCCAAUGGAGAUGAUGUUGCGGAAGUGCGCGCGGUCAAGUCUUGUUUGAUUUAUUAAUUUGUGACUUAUCGAUUAAUAGCAGGAUUGUUUUUAUUAUUAUUUUGAAUAUUCCGAGCGGUAUUAAAGGCGUGGAGGCGAGAAUGCUGUCAAAUUACUGGA